CCUCUUUUGCACCGCCCCCCUCGUCUCAUAAACCACACUCCACGCUCCUUUGCCCCCCCAACCCGACAUCUGCACAGCAUAUUCCUUAUCCACAUUCCAUUGCUGUAUCCUUUUCCACGCCCAUCGCCAAACAUGUCGCCCAUUGCUCCCGGCCAGCUCCCGGCCGAGCUUGUCAACCUGCUCGCGCUCCACUCGUCCUUCCUGACUGCUCUCUCGCUACAUUACGCACACAACGGCACUUCUACACCAGCAGACCUCCAAGACUUGACAAAAUCCACUACUCUGGUUUGGCGCCAACGCAAGGUCACAUACGAUGACAUCCGGCUGCUCAUUGGCAUCCUCGACCAGGGCCCUUCCGGCUCCAGCAAUCCUUACUACCUCUCCGACUAUGGCCGCGGCAAGAUCUGCAUCGAGAUCAAAGACAACAGCCCCAUGAUGAACGGAAUGACACACAUGAACGAGCAAGGACUACAGGAUUUGUUCAAGGAGGGCCUCGAUACGUUGUGGUCGCAAUGGUGUGCGUCCCAGAAGAUGUCGACUCGACCUAUUGCGGUACCCAAACGCGGACGGGGACGCCCAAAGAAGACCGAUGUCAAGCAAGUCGCCAUGGAGACUUUUCUCGAUGACGCCUCCAUCUCAAAAUUCCUCAGCCAGCUUCCUCUGGCCGAGAUCACCACAUGUGAAUCCCUUACCGCACUCGCACCCUCACAAGAAAAGGGACGCAAGAGGUUGAGGGAAUUCAAGGAGAGCGUGCAGCAGGGACGUGCGCAAAAGAAGACAAGACCAGCAACAGGAAAAGAAAAUGAGCCGGCCAUGGGCCAGGGCCAACAGACUCAACCCGCACAAGCCAAGAUCACCGAAUUCGCUGCCGUUCGCAAAACCAAUCUUCUCGAUCGCAUCCUCGCCAAGCAAGAGGCUGCAAAAGCUGGACCUGCUGCCCCAACGCCUGCUGAACUUCAACGGAGAGCAGCACUGCAACGUACCCCGGAAGUUCUUGGUGUUCUUUCCCUUCUCUGUGCGAGCAAGCCGGGAUCCCGCGUUUCUUUCUCCACCACAGCUCUUCUACAGGCCCUGCAAGGCUCCAUCCGAACUCCCAUCUCAAAAGACGAGGCAAUGAAGUGUGUCGAAGUGCUGGCACAUGAGGUUGCACCGGGAUAUGUUUCCCUGGUCAAUAUGGGUGCCAUGUCUAGCGUAGUCAUCAAUCAGAUGAUGCGGCCGACAGACAUCAAGAGCAGGCUUACGGCGCUGGGCGCAUAAUUUCUAUCUGUUUUUUCUAUCCACUUAUUUUUGUAUAAUAGCUGACUCACAUCGCUGGCGAGCGGGGCUUUGAGCGUUUCUCAGUAUUACCCUUUUUAUUAGCAGUUGUUUUUGAGCGAAACUGCCACAUAGCAUUACGUAGCAUCAGAACGGGCGUUCGCCUGUAAUUCAUGUAUCGA